UCGGUGAGAGUUGACAUCACUGCCGCCUGAACGUGCUGACGGCGAUGGCGACGUUGACGGCACUGCUGUGGGUGGGUUGCCUGCUGUCGCCUGCGGCGGCGGCGGCGGCGGGGUCAGGCGCCGACGCGCAGCCGUGUUCGCCCCUGCAGUUCGAAGGUGAUAGCGUCGUGUGCGUGUGCAACGCCACCUACUGUGACCCGUUUCCGAGCCUGACCCCCGCGAUGGGCGCCAACGCCACGGUGGUGACCUCCUCGCGCGCCGGCGACCGCUUCGUCGUCUCCUCCGCCCAGUGGAAGCCGAUGGUCCGCCCUCAGCCGGCCGCGCUCACACUGAAUCUGGGCCAGGGGGACUUGCGCCAGCGCCUGCUUGGCUUUGGCGGCGCCUUCACGGACGCGGCGGGCGUCAACAUCAACAGCCUGCCGGAGGACGUGCAGGCGCAGCUGCUGCACUCCUACUUCGCGCCCGAUGGCCUGCGCUACACGAUAGGUCGCAUCCCGAUCGGAGGUUGUGACUUUUCCACCCGUCCGUACACCUAUGACGACGUCCCCGGUGAUGACGAGCUAGAGAACUUCGCGCUGACCGAGGAGGACACCCUCCUGAAGAUCCCGCACCUUCUGACCGCUCACAAUAUGUCGGGCGGCAGCUUGAGGCUGUUCGGAUCGGCCUGGUCGGCGCCCGCGUGGAUGAAGACCAACAACAACCUUACCGGUCUUGGCUCGCUGAAGCCCGAGUACUUCCAACUGUGGGCUGACUACCACAUGCGCUUCAUGAAGGCGUACAAGGAGGCCGGCGUCUCCGUGGGCGCACUGACCACGCAGAACGAGCCCACAAACGGAGGUCUCAGCCCGGGCGCGUGGAAUACCAUGGGCUGGACGGCGGACACCCAGCUGACCUGGGUGCGCGAUAACCUGGGGCCGACCCUGCGCGCCUCCGCCGACUUCAACGAGACGAUGGUGAUGAUCCUGGACGACCAGCGGAGCCUGCUGCCCGACUGGGCCGACACGGUGUUGGCUGACGAGGCGGCGGCGGCGUUCGUGGCCGGCAUCGCCGUGCACUGGUACCGCGACCUGGACACGCCGGCCAGCGUGCUCACCGACACGCACAACAACCACCCGGACAAGUUCCUGCUGGCCACCGAGGCGUGCGAGGGCUCUUACUCGGCCGACAAGGUGGUGCUCGGCAGCUGGGAGCGUGCGGAGUCGUACGCCGUCGACAUUAUCGAUGACCUCAACAACUGGGUCACCGGGUGGGUCGACUGGAACAUCGCGCUGGAUCGGAUUGGCGGUCCCAACUGGGUCGGAAACUUCGUCGACUCGCCGAUCAUCGUGGACGCCGAGAAGGAGCGAUUCUUCAAGCAGCCCAUGUUCUACGUGCUGGGUCACUUCUCAGCGCUCAUGCCGCCGGGCACCGUGAUGACCACCUUCGACGAGGUCCGCAGGGACGGUGUCGCCGCCGCUGACGUGAAGAGCACCAUCGGCUUCACGCCCGACGGCCAGACGGUGCUGACGAUGCUGAACAAGGCCGACAGCGGCGUGGACGUGACGGUGGCGCAGCCGAACCGCGGCACGCUGGACGUCCACCUGCCCGAGAGGAGCAUCACAUCGGUUCUGUUCGCCACCGAUUACUGACGGAGCUCACUCGUCUAGGUGGAGCUGUGAGAGGGCUCCGCGAACGUUACGGAACCGGGGCGGGAUUUCGCGCAGCCGGUACAGGCCUUUGUUAGGAACUUCAGCUUCACGGUCUGGUGAUGGCGGUAUUUUGACGUUGCAGGCCAUCGUGGUCCUUGUACUUCAUCGAGGUGUGCUUCAGUGUUGCAGAGGCGUAAUGCUAUAAAUAAGUAGGUAAUACUAACGAUGUAAGUAUGAUAGUGAUUUAUACACCCUUCAUGGAAUGUAAGCAGAAGGUUGCUUGGAACGUUAUAGCCGCUGUGAGAUUUCACGAGCGUGUCGCUUACUGAGGCCAUUUCAAGCUUUUUAUGCUACAAAACAUGCUAUGGGUUUUGGAUGUGAACUGAAGUUACCAACUAAAUACAUCAACGGGACAUCAUUUU